AUCCUAACUGACACUGACAGUGACAUUUUGUUCGCUUUAUUUCUUUCUAACCUCAAAUAAAUUAUUUACGAAAAUUUGUUAAUAUUUCAUCAAAAUAAUCAAAUUUUCUUGUGUAUAACAAUUUAUAUAUUGCCGUGUUAUCUUAUUUCGGGUAACAAUGUCUGAAGGAAGUGCCCCGUCUGCUACUAGCGUGAAGGAUGAUUCGGGUACUGGAAGUUCGGUAGUAGAAGAGAAAGUAUAUGGAGGCUGUGAGGGGCCGGACGCUAUGUACGUGAAGCUGGUGUCUUCCGACGGACAUGAGUUCAUCGUGAAGCGUGAGCAUGCCCUCACUUCCGGCACCAUUAAGGCCAUGCUGAGUGGCCCCGGACAGUUCGCUGAGAAUGAGGCUAACGAAGUCAACUUUAGAGAAAUACCGUCACAUGUGCUGCAGAAAGUGUGCAUGUACUUCACGUACAAGGUACGCUACACCAACUCCUCCACGGAGAUCCCGGAGUUCCCGAUUGCGCCAGAAAUUGCUCUGGAGCUGUUGAUGGCCGCAAACUUCCUGGAUUGUUAAACACCACCAGCAGCUACACGGGUUCGUUAUCGAUGUCGAUAAAAUUGUUUAAUGCACGUUCCACCAAUCAUAGAGCCAUAUUGAUGGCCAAUCAUGAUAAAGUGACAUUUAUCUCGUUGAUAACAAACCCGUGUAGCGGCAGCAGGUGAUCAAUUGAACAUUAACCAUUAGUUCCACAGUGUAUAGUGGCCAAUAACACUGAUAUUAUGUACACGCAUUUGUAUUUUUUCACGGUUAUAGGACUUAGAUGAAUAAUGCAUAAGGUGUAUCUUUUGCCAGUUAUUGAAAACUAUUAUUCUUUCAAAACAUAUUAUUUAUUUGAAACUAACAAACUA